AUGAACCUGGAACUAACUUCCCGCGGCGUUACUGAUGUCUGUUGGCAGAUCAAGUGCAACGGCCAACGUCCCUCAUGCGCCAAUUGCCAAACAUAUGACAAGGAAUGUGUCUACGAGCCCGUUCCCGACGUUGCCAAGGAAGCCGGUCGGGAGCGACAUCAGCGCAUGAAACGUCGCAGCAACCGGCAUCGCACCAACUCGACUGACCGGGUCCGACCACCGAGUCCAGUCACGUCAUCGGGCGGCAAUGGAGAUGGUUCCGAGCCCCCUGACAGAGCGACUGAAUGUAAUCAACAGGGAAGUGGUGAUGAAGGCGUGAAUGACGGUCGGCCAUGGGAUACCACAGCUUCUACCAGUCGCUCCAUGGACGCGGGCGUCGCGCGUGUGCUUGUGCUAGCAAACGGCGAGUCGAGCUACCACGGUCGUACAAGUGCUCUAUUCGAGGAUAAUGUUCAAGAGCGUACUGCUGGGCAAGAUGUUUACCCACGGAUGCCUGAUCAAUGGGUAGAGCGUGGUUUAAUCGCCGAAGCUGCUACACAACGCCAACUAGAAGAGAUCAACCUCGGCCAGGGCAAGCUCGACUUCGACGGUGUUGAUCCCGACCUAGGUAUGCAUCUGCUAUCACUGCACUGGAAUCGGCAACACCACUCGUUUCUCAUCACCUACCGACCUGCCUUCAUGAGAGACAUGGCAUGCGACGGUCCAUACUUUUCCAAACUUCUUCUGAACGCCAUCUAUUUCGGAUCCUCCAAGUUCAGUCCCAGACUCCAAGUUCGGAAAGACUCCAAUGACGUCCGUACCGCAGGCUGGAAAUACCGCGAGAGGGUAAGAGAGUUGCUCGGGGGCUCUCUGGAUCGGAGCCACAUUACCACUAUCCAGGCCCUCCUGGUCAUGACAAACUCCUUAUUUGCGCUGGGUGAUGAGAGGAGCGCGGCGUGGUUAUAUGCUGGGUUGGCGUUUCGCAUGCUCAUUGAUCUCGGCUUGCACGUGGAUUUGACAAACUCGCAUCCUUUUUCUGACGAGGAUCUCGAGAUUCGGCGAAGAGUUUUCUGGGGUGCCUUUGUCGUGGACAAGAUCCAAAGCCUUUACCAGGGCAGGCCUGUGACCUUGAAAGAGGCCGAUGCCAUGGUCCCCAUCAAGUUCCUUGACACCUACGAAGAACUUGAGUUCUGGCGGCCAUUCGCAUACUCUACUCCGACGACAGGCGACUAUCCCGGCUCGCCGGCCUACAGUGUCUCGACGUUUACAUCCCUCUGUAAACUGUCUAUUGCCAUGAGCGAUAUUCUGAGCUGCAUUUACACGGAAAGAACCACUGCCCAGAGCCCGGCCGAGCUGUCAAACAUGCUGGAGAAACUUCAGCUCAAGCUGAACGAAUGGAAAACUUCAUUGCCCGACCAUCUUCAAGCUGAUACGGUGAGCGUAGUGGUGCCCCCGCCUCAUGUCUUGAGUCUACAUGCUAUGUACAACGUCCUUGUAAUUCUGCUUCAUCGCCCUUUUGUGGCUGAUGGCCACCUGUACAACACAUUCCGCUCCAUCUCCGUCGACUCCCUCAUGAAGUGUGCGUCGGCGGCCUCUAGCAUCUGCAGUCUCCUCCGCGCAUACCAUCGCGCCUUUUCAGUGCGUCGUGCUCCGUAUCUGAUCUCGUAUGCGACAUACGUGGCCGCCACCAUCCACUGCCGCAUCGCCGCAAAGAAUGGGACAGGCUCUACGGCUUAUGCCAACCUGAUGACGUGUCUGGCUGUCUUCAAGGAGAACCAGGAAACCAACUCUGCUGUGCAAAAGGCUGCCGUGAUUAUACAUAGGCUGAUGAAGAAGUAUGGAGUUGUGGUGGACGAGUUACCACAGGAUGCACUUGAGGUUGAGCCAAGUGCACGGCAACGAGAACCGCAGCAGCGAGUCCAGGCGCAACCCAAUUACGAAGUCUCACACAGCAAUACCAACGUACAGCAGAAUGAUUACCUGUCCCGGGCUCAAGGCACAGCACCAGCCAAGCCAGCUGGUGUGAGUACUUCGCCGCCAGGGUCUGACUGGAUCGACAUCGACGGCAUCAUCCAAAGUUUUCUGCGGGAAAAUGACCUGAACUUGCCUGACCCCCUCACGACUACCUUCAAUCAACCUCCGAGGCUACAUCCGGCGCUUGCGUCGGGCCCGGCAAAUCUUCCCACGGCCGACGGAAACACGACAUUGAAUCAUCUCGCCGUGGGAGCGGCUGGGAUAGGACUUGGGACAGGUUCUCAAUGGCAGCACGCCAUUUGGCCGUCCAACUACGAUAUAGCAUUUCUCGAAGACCCGCUCUUUGGGUUUAAUGGGUCAUCUACAGCGGAGUUUCCGUAUAAUGGCAGAUGA